UAUAUAUAUAUAUGUAUACCGUGGUCUGGGCACAAAGUAAUAACCUAUGAACAACAUUCAUUUUUUGUCCGGUCAUCAUAAUCGGUUACCGCCCUGUUCGCCACGGAGAAUUUUGUCUAUUCCACACUGCGAUUGUCGACGAUACGCACGUGAGCGGGAUGGACAACUGGCAGCCCGCGAGCCUUUGUUAUCUGGCUCGUGCUAUAUUUUCAAAUCUCAUGAUACAAUAUUAAAGUUUAUCGUCUAUACUCUUAUUGAUAUAUACGAUUUUAAUCUGGUAUUAAACAUCGUUAAAUGUCGUAAAAUGUCAUGUACAGGCAUUAGUACAACAUGUGCAAAAUGCGGAAUUCACGAGGUCAACUGAUUACAUAGACAAUCCAGGUCAGCAAUGAGAAGCGGGGUAUAUAAGGGAGUCCCGAAUAGACCAAUAGGCAGAUGUGGUUUAUACGAGUAGUCGCAAGCACCUCCA